UCACGUUCCCCGAAAAAAAUCUAAACCCUCCAUUUAUAAAUAACAACUAGCCGUUACCUCCCCUCCCCCCAAAAAAAAAUUCAAAUUCAAACUCUCAAACCAAAUGGAGGUUUUGAGAAGACCCCUUCAGCCCAAAAGCAGCAACAUUCAAUGGAAUCCAAAGCCGAAGCCGAUCGGGAUCGAAAAGGGUCCGGGCAAGGAGAACCAUUUGAUCGAGGCCUUCGGUCCCCUCGACGCGUCGCUGGCGGAGGAGCUGAGGGUGGCGAGAGAGAGGAGAGAGAGGCUGAGAGUUGAGAGAGAGAAGACUGAGAGGUUGAUGAGAGAGAGGGAGGGGAUAUUGGAGAGGGGGUUUAGAGAGAUGGAGAGGAGAUGGGAGGAGCAGAAGAAGAUGGAGUUGGAGAUUCAGAGGAUUAUUUGGUUUAUGGAUCUUAGAUCUUGUGUGAGAGUUGGUCCAAUGAAAUCUCUCAGAGCAGGAGAAGAAGAGGAGAGAGAUGCCAAAUUGAAGGAACAAAACUGUGCAAAAAGCAAGGGACCAGAACAGCCCUCGCUGCAGGAAAAGAUGGCAAAGAAUUAGCUUUUUUUUUCCUUUCUUUUCUUUUUUUUUUACCCCUUUCCCUCUCCGCACCAUCGUUUACACACGGAUGGCAAUUCCUGAUAUACACAGUUAUUAAUGUGCAUUCAGUCAAGAAAGCCAAAUUACUUGUCUGCCUAUCAUGACAUAUAUUUAUAUUAUAUCUCGUUGCAAGUACAAGAAAUAUCCUGAUCUUAAUGUUAAAUUAUGAUAUAAAUAUUCUUGUUUAUGCUA